AGGAGGAAGAAGAAGAAGCGGCAGGACGGGACGGGACAGCGCACCGCCCCCUCCACACUGCCCCGGGCUCCGGCUACACUCACAGCCGACACAGAGAACCGCAGCUCGGCCGUUUGGAGCUUUGACGCAGCGGAGGAAACGUUUACGCACAAAGUUGUUGCUGUGGAGCGCGUUGGAGAGGAUUUAUCUCACUCUGCUGGAUGGUUUAAAGCUUUUCAUUUUAUAGUUUGUGUUUUUCAGCGGAGGAGUUUCGCUCUGCAGUUUUGGAUCGUCUAAGCAGAGUCCUGUAAACUCGUAACUCUGCGGAAGAACGCGUCAUUAACGUGACCCGCACGGUGCGUUUUCCUGCCGCGUCCCGCUCAGUGAGUGAUGAUUGAUUUGGAAAUGUCAGCGCCGCCGCUGCGCGCUGCUCCGCACACUCCAUCAUCCCGGCGGGGCUGAGGGAAAGUAAGAAACCACCUGUUGUGGAAGUUUCCUGGAGCUUCUCACGGAUAAACCCGAGCUGCUGAAACCAGACUCCGGACUGAGCCGAGUGGAGACGCGCAGGCAGCGGAAUGCGGCUUUUACGCACGGAGCAGACGCAGUUUCUGAGAAGAGGCUCCUCUCUAAUGAGUGAUAAUCUGCACUGCCGUGUCUCCACGCUCCGUGUUGUGUGUUUGCAGUGAGCAUGUUGCCAUGGUGUCCCGGGCUCAGAUGAGCCGGACGGCGGAGCUCCGGUCGGGAUGGCUCGGGAGGACGCGGUGAGGUGUCUGCGCUGUCUGCUCUACGCGCUCAACCUGCUGUUCUGGCUGAUGUCAGCAUGUGUGCUGGGAGUGGCCGCCUGGAUCAGAGACUCUCUGAACACCGUCCUGACCCUAACAGCCCACACCAGGUUGGAGGAAGCAGCCGUCCUCACAUAUUCUCCAGCUGUUCAUCCCGUCAUCAUCGCCGUGUGCUGUUUCCUCAUCAUCGUGGCCAUGGUGGGAUACUGCGGCACGCUCAGAUGCAACCUGCUGCUGCUGUCCUGGUAUUUCUGCAGUCUGCUGGUGAUCUUCUGCGUGGAGCUGGCGAGCGCCGUGUGGACCUACGACGAGCCGUCGGUGCAGCGCUCUGAUAUGAUCAGCCUGAAGUCUCGGAUGCCAAACUUCGGUCUGCAGCGUUACCAGUGGCUCACACACACCUGGAACAGCUUCCAGACCGAGUUUAAGUGCUGCGGCGUGAUCUACUUCACUGAUUGGCUGGAGAUGACAGAGAUGGAGUGGCCACCUGACUCCUGCUGCUCCAAUCAGUAUCCAGGAUGUGCUCGCCACGCCCACUACCACGACCUCAGCGACCUGCACCAAGAGGGCUGCGGUCCGAAGAUCUACAGCUUCAUUCGAGGGACGAAGCAGCUGCAGGCACUGCGUUUCCUGGGCGUGUCCAUCGGCGUGGCUCAGAUCCUGGCCAUGGCGCUCACCCUUACGCUGCUGUGGGCGCUUUACUAUGGCCGAAAGUCACCAGAGCUGGACACCACGGUGGCGACUCCGGACGACUCCACCCCCCUCACAGUUACACACGGACCUUCAGCUGAAGCUCCACAGUCAGGCUGCGGCCGCACUAACAAGAGCUGUGCCGUGAUGACGAGCACCGCCGCCGCCAAGCCCAGCGAACUCCAGUUUGAGAUGGAGCGGCUGUCGUAGCAGACGGCGUCACGCUGCGGCCUGAACGCAUCCCAGGAUUUAAAGUCUUAUUUUAUCAGUUUAUUCAUCAGUUCUGUCAGAAAUCAGAACGUUUGACUCCACGAGGUCACAACUGACAUCUGAGGACACGGACAACUGCUCUGCAUGAUCCCAGACACAAACUCUGCAUCUUCACGUAUCUACACAGGCUGCUCACAAACUGUUCGUACGUUUUUCCUAUGAAAAACAAAAUUCAGACAAAUCCCGCACGAUCACGAGCCAGUAAGACUCGUCUAUGCUUGAUGUUAGAGAGGGACGGAGCCUUCUGUCAGUACUCUGUGUAGAGUAGAACCCCUGCAGAUCAUGGAGGUGGUGUAUUGUGGUACAAGUAAGAAACGACCGUAGGAGACGAACAAGAUAUUUAAAUAGUGGCACAACGGAACAAAUCAGGAAUAUAAAAUAAUAUAUAGUGAAAAGAAUUCGCCAUCAACACGUCGUGAUGUAUUUAACAACCUCACAGACCACCACCGUCUACAGCACUACCUCUGUUUGAAGGUACAUGACCACGAUCUCCUCCACCGUCACCUCAUUUGUUGUUGUGUGAAACUUUUGACUCCGUCCUCUAGUGCCGUCCUCUACUCCGAAGUCAUCGAAUACCAGUGCUUGGUCAGUGACUUCCAGCGUCAGACACUGAUGGAAAAAGCCGUCCUUUCAUGUCAGCAUGAUACAUGGCUGGUCGCCCAGGAGGUUCACUUCCUGUACGAUUGUAAAGCAAAACCUGUUCUUUUUUCUGAAACCCAACCACGUGUGUGUGUGUGUGUGUUGGCUAAACGUAACCACAUGUGUGUGUAGGCUAAACGUAACCACGUGUGUGUGUUGGCUAAACGUAACUACGUGUGUGUGUCGCGUGUGUGUGUCGGCUAAACGUAACUACGUGUGUGUGUUGGCUAAACAUAACCACGUGCGUGUGUUGGCUAAACAUAACCACGUGCGUGUGUUGGCUAAACGUGUGUGGGCAGUGACAUUUACAGCAUUUGAAAAACAUGUAUCUAUUUUCGUACAGGAGAAUAAAUGAGUAUUCGUGCAUAACCCACGCAUAACCCACGUGUUUGGAAAAGCUACCAUCACAUGACCAAACACGUGCAUAACCCACAUGUUCGGUCAUGUGAUGGUAGCUUUUCCAACCACGUGCAUAACCCACGUGUUCGGAAAAGCUACCAUCACAUGUCCAAAAGGCCGAUCCUAGUAAAGAAGGAAGUGGUCGUAUGAAGCGGCAGGUUGAGGUGGUGUGUUACAAAGCACAGGACUUUCCUUCAGGGGAGCGGUGUUUGGAAACACGUGAACUUAAAGUAAUUUUAAGGUUCAUCAUCACCGUGUUUCCUAAACCUAACAUCCGUAACUUUGCGUUAAGUACGUAACUUUUUCCAGUGUCCAUCCGAUAUUUAGUAGGACGUCUUAUGAACGGUUGUGUGAGGACACGCUGAUCCAGGACCCAACAUGACUCAAUAACUUAACAGUUAUAUUUUAGCUUUAUGUGAUGCAUGACUGAGCGUUUGUUUCCGUCCUGUCUGAUUGGUGGUUCUUUAUUCAGUGAUGUCACUGUGAUGUCACUGUGAUGUCAGAUAUGAACUCGACGAGUUGUACUACAAUUACUGACAGAACUGAUGACUGAGUUCACGAACAGUUGAGUUCACUGCAGAUAUGAGGACAGCAGUGAUGAUGAUGAGGCACAGAGCGAAGACUGUUAAUGAACUCUGACCUUUGACCCCUGAGCGGGUCCUGUCAUAGACCCUGAUGGACUCUGGUCCAUCUGUUUGGUACUUUGUGGUUUGUCACUGGACGAGAACAUGAACUGAAGCACUGAUGGAAACAACCACUGUCUGAGGGACGUCUUCUCUUCGGGUUCAGACACAGAAUCAUCUCCAUGUCGACUGAACUGUAAAGACGCGAGUCGCUGCUGUCGGGUGUCAAGUCGUGUCAGAGGAGACGAGCUCACGUGUUUUUCAGAGUGUCAGGUUGUAUUUGAGAAAAUGUGCAUGGUGUUAUAUUUAAUGAUGUUUGAUCGUUUUCUCUCUGCAAUAAACAUUAAAGCAGGAUCUGUCUGUACGACGAA